AUGUAUUUCUCAGUCUGGCUAUUCACAUUAUUUGCUAUCUCUAUGUCGAGCUUCUGGAAUGUGCCCUUUGUUUUCGGCGCAGCACACUUGAAUCGAUCUGUGCGAAUUCACAAGCGAUCCUUGGACACCUGGGUAUCGGUCGGCCGCAAUGGCAACUGGCCAUGCUCCAGGGCGCAAAUCGCAGCGAUCGAAAGCGCGGUAGAGUAUACCAAGAUUCUAGCGAAUGGGGCGAUAGUAGCGUUGGAUGACUCGGGAAGGUCUUCAUCGGCAUACUUGCGCUGGUUUGGUCAUGGUAACGCUUACGAAUCUGAUCUCAAAGCUAUUAAAGAACAUCACUACGGCGCUGUGAUUUCUGAGCUACGAGCCCCUGAAUCUGGAACCGUGGAUUCUGUAGAAGAAGGCGGUGCGGAUCCAGAAAGACUCGUUUACGCCUGUCCUGCCGCGGGUUCCAAUUUGUGCGCGUCAGGUGAGGCAGCUGCGGUGAUUAACGCCGGCGAUUCUGGCUUUAGGGUUAAUCUCCUCUACCUCUGCCCUUCAUUCUUUAAUAAGGUCAGCCACUCGCGAAUGUUGUCUAAUUGGCGCCGUGGUACAUACACGUCGUCCGCUGGUUUGGUUCUUCUUCACGAGAUGCAGCACCUCGAUGCUGUUGUGGGUUCAGAGAGACGCUGUGUUGAUCACGCCUACUCAGUCAGCGGUUGCGAGGAUCUUGACGACGAAGAGAAGAUCACGAAUGCACAAAAUUUUGCUUUCUUUGCACUGGACGUAACUGCAAGCCCGCCACGCUAG